GCUGUAGUCUCCACAUUCUCUCUCUUAUCUCCUGGACAAGAAAGCAAGCACAAGUCCUGUACAAGUCAAGUCCAGCAUAUCUAGGCCAAAGCCUAUAAACCGGCAGCCACAUCAAAUCUACGCGGCAUUCAACUUUGAACACGGCGUGAGCAGCGACGUAAUACCGACGCUGGAAAGCGAGGCCCGGACCCCGGAGAAGAUGCAAAAGAUGCCGGAGGAUCGCGAAGUGGACCCGGAGCAGCGGGGAUAGACCAAGUAAGGAAGAUAAAACAUGGAUAAAUUACAUCUUGAGGACCCAUCAAAGCAGGAUGACCGUGACUGCCACAGCCCACUGGGCUUGUUUGAGAAAUUCAAGGUGGAGUUUUCUUCUGAAGCUGUAUCUAUUCCUAAUGCCAAUCUACAGUUACCUUCAGGGUCAGAAUCCCUUUCUACAUUGGAGACGCAACAUCCAAUGGUUACCCCUCAAAAUGUAAAGAAGCUGAUUCCGGAGAAAAGCAGCUUGUUAAAAAGGAUGCGAUGGAUGAUGGAUAUGGCCUCUGCUGCCAGUAAUGAGGAAGACAGCGUUCGGCAUAAUGGCGUCAAAGUCGUAUUUUAUAGAAGAGAAGAUGAAUCGUGUGCACUGCUGGGAUCCUGGAAUGCAGAUUCCAAGGAAGUAGAGAUACUGGAUGAAUUGGAGAGUCCUUCUAACCAGAAAGAAUUGGACCAUCAGAUAAUAAUACAAGAUGUAUCUGAUAAUGAUGAUGUCAUAUUUUGUGGAGAUUAUGGACACAUUUCACAGAAGAAAGUACAAUUUCUGUUUGACGUAGCAAGGUCACCUGACAACCUGCAAGUAUCAGAUCCAAAAAUGACAAAAAGAAAAUUAAAAAAGAAAACGCAUGACAGUGAAAAGGCACAUGAUUUUGACUUUCUACCUUCAACAAAGUCUCCUAAAAUAGUUCGGGAUACCACAGUGCAGGCACUCUCUGAAGUCCUGAUUAAGAGGGUUAAGGAGAUACAGAAUCUUGAUGUUUCCAAGGAAACAUUGAAAAAACUGGCAGAGAAUAUUGAAGAAGAAAUAUUUUGCUUGUAUCAUGAUACUGGGUUGAGAUACAAAACAAAGUACAGAAGUCUUCUCUUCAACUUGAAGGACCCCAAAAAUAACGCUUUUUUUCAACAUGUGGUACUUGGAAAUAUCAUUCCACAACGUCUUGUUCAGAUGAGCCCUACAGAAAUGGCUCGGCAAGAGCUAACAGAUUGGAGAAACCAAGAGAGGCUGCAUUCUUUGGAGAUCAUUGAGAAAGCAGAGAAGGAACUAAAUCAACAUCAGCAGAAGAUAAAGCUCACACACAAGGGGCUGAUUGAGAUUGAUACAUCACCAGAUCAAAUGUUUACUUUAGAGGAUCUGUCUGAUUCAUCUUGGUUUUCCAAAGAUUUACAAGAUUCAGAGGUUGAGAAACGGUCAAAAAUCGAUACAACAGCACAACACAAAAGUCACCUCCUGGACCUUAAUUGUCUCAUAUGCAUGGGGAAAGUCAAACCUUCAGAUAUGAUGGAUAUGAACCAAUGGACAAAUGUAAAGUUACCACUCAAAACUACAACAGAAAACAGCGAUGUGGAGAAGCUGCUAUCCUUAGAGGCAGGAGAAGCCAUUGAAAAUGAUGCUCUAGCAGCUAAAAGUCGUAACACCUGUUCAUCCCAGUCUGUGGCGUGGAAAGGCUUCAUUCAGAUGUUUGCUAUUAAGCAAUUCAAAGUGACAGCCAGCCAAGUUUCUGGUUAUAGCGAUCACCUUUGUCAGAAAUUACCAAAGAUGAUCACGAGCAAAGGCUUCAUCUGUCAGGAAUCAGUCUGGGAAUAUGUGGAACUUAUCUGGCCAGCAUCCACUAAGGAUAUGUGCCUGCUGCGCUUCUGUCCUCAGACCUCCAGUGAUGCUGUAUUCUAUAGUCGGCUCUUCUCCUACCUCAACCGCAAAGUUAGAUAUGUAAUCGUCAAUACUGACAAGAUGGAGGCCUUUGUUAUUCCCUUGCCGGCAUGCCAACCAAUACCUUCCCAACUCCGCCCCUUAGGAGGGCCAGGUCUUGCUGAUGACCAUCCUCAUCUUCUGCUGGCCCUACUUCUUCCGAACCAUCCAUUUUGGUCUUCAUGCCCCAGAAAGGUUAUCAAAAUACACAGAGAGGAAGAGCUUGAUGUUCCUGAUGACAUAUUUUCAUCUAUAUUGGAAGAUGUAGAAAGGGAGGAGAAGCAAAUGACAGAACAAGGCCUCCCCCCUAUAGGAAAUGAGAGUUCUAGGGUGACAGAAGUGGGUAUGCCAGAGCUUAUGAAUAUUUUGUGUUUUCUGUCAAAUAACCUGCAGGAGAUUGCAGCCCAAAACAAUAGUUUUCAAAUUGGGCCCCCAGAUAACCAGCCAAACCCCAUACCAACAGCAGCCCCUGUUUGGCCAUCAUAUCUCAUGGCUCCUGGUUUUCAGGCUCCUGCCUCAAACAAUAAUCCAGCUGCCAUGUUUGAUCCAUCAACCAUGUUUGGCCCAUCUGGCUUCAACCCUUCACUCUAAAAGCAAAAUACUGUUUGGUUUAUUGCAUAUAGUUAUAUAAUUUUAGACAAGGUGUGUAAAAAUUUUUAUUUUUUAUUUUUUUUGAAGGGCAGCUACAGUGUUAAAAAAAAAUGAAUCUUUCUUUAUAACUACUUUUACCAUUUUAAUGUGUACAUUUCUAAAGAUUGUCUAUAUAUGUUUUUCUUUUAGUGCAGUUUUUUAAAUACUGUUUAUUGUUUACUAAGCAUUUUAAAACAUAACACAUUUUUAAGGUUUUGUAUGUUGUAAUUAUUCUGUGAAAUAAUAUAGUAAACAUUUUGGUCAAAGUGUUGUUGUGUA